AUGCAAAACCUAAAUAAUGAAGCCAGCAAUCCAAAGCAACAAACACAAAUUGACGAAGUAAUCGACGUUUUUAAGAACCUUGUCGCUAACAAUUCUGGAGCGAUACUUGCCUCAAGUUGGCCUUCCACACCAGAAAAUGGUGAAAACCAAAGUAAUGAUUCUCGAAGAAACCAAGGUAAUAAUCGAAACCAAAGUCCCGUUGAUACAAAAGGCACAACUGACGGAUAUAAGAACAAAGGUGGCGAAGAGAAUUCAAGAACACACUGGGGGGACACUGGCAGUUCUACCAGCAAUCAAGAUGGUAAUGCCUGGAAUAAAAAGAAAGAAGAAGCCUCGUGGAACAAUAGCUGGAAUGAUACAGAUUAUUCCACGAAUAAUACUAGAUAUCAAAAUCCUGCUAUAAAUUCUUAUACAGUUAAUGGAGGUGGAUAUCCUGAUUUAAAUAACGGUAUAGUCGCAGAAGGGUCGAACAAUAAAACUGACACGUACGCGAACAUUAAUUCACAUCAGAAUUCAUGGGACAAUAAUCAGGGUUAUAAUGAUCAAUUUGGUGGAUGUCCUUCAACAUCUGAAUCUCAUACGGAAACGGAUCAAAAUUCUGAAGAAGAUACGAUAAAGUUGAAGUUAUCGGCGUGGCAUAACCUUGGAGCAAAUAGUAAAGAUCGAGAGGAUGGUUUAGGUGGGGGUCAGCUACAUCGUCAAGGUAGAAAUUUUAUUCCUGUGGAUGAAGCAACCGUCCUUGCCAUACAACAAAAAGGUAAAUCAUACAAGAAGCCUAAAAGUCGCUCGGAAAAGUUUACAACUCCAAAACCAAAAAACCUCCCGACAAAGCAGGAAGAAAAACCUCAUAUAAUGCCACCUCAAAAAUCAUCUGCGCAAUCAUUUCUACCUAAUAAUCCCUACAUUCCAAAGACGAAUGUAUCACAAAAACCACCUGUCACUCAGAAAACUCCCGAAACAAUGGUCCCAGCUAAAGCGCCAGUUCUUCAAAACCAAAGACAAAAUACACAGUCAACGCCUAAUAAUCAAUUGCAACAGAAAACGUCACAAACACCACCUUCUUCCAAACCUCAACGUUCUUGGGAAUUGGUUAAUACUCCUUUUUGGGAAAUACCCACUAAAUCAAGUCCUCCACAUACUCCUCAUACUGUUCAAAAUCCAUCAUCUUCUAGAAAUCCUUCAACAAAUGAGGUAGUUACAAAUCAGUAUCAGCCUGUUCGCUCGCCGGUACAGGAAUUCGAAUUACCGUAUAUCCCUCCAGAAUUUGACUCAACUCCGUACCGAAAUAAAUCAUCACAUUUACCUACAAAUGGGAAUAAUGAAUCGGUACGAGAUGAUCGGGAGAAUACUAUUGAUGAGGGAAAUUAUGAACCGGAUAACGAUUUUGAACAUCAUCAAAAUGAUUAUGAAGAAGAGAGUGAUGCUUGUACAGUGGAUGAAUUCGAUCGAUAUCAAGAAUCAAAGAAGAAGAAGGUGAUUUCGUCUAUGUCAAGAUUUAUUGAUCGAGGUCAUUUACUCCUUACCAUCAAUGUUGAGCUGUCAGAAGAUACAACACAGGCCAUUGAAGUUCAUGUGAAUGACGAUCCAUCGGAUUUGGCAAGUGAGUUUUGUGAUUUGUGGAAGGUUACAAAUCCCGUUGUGGAACCUGCUUUGGUAUGUUUAAUUAAAGAAGAAAAAGAAAAACGACUUUGUUGUUGA